UUGAUGUCUCUCAUAUGCAUAUAUGGAACUUUGACUUCGUUGAUCAACUGCAUUUUCUCAACAAGAGUGUUGCCAAUGGGACCUCCCAUUUUUAAGGAAAAAAAUAAAUCAGAAUUAGAUCAGGAGACACCCUGUCCAGUGGCCAGCUCUGGCCUCACCAGCGGCCUGUUAAGAAUAGCUGGGCUUCUGGACGACGGAGGAGUGUGCGGUAUUCCCACAGACACUGUGUAUGCUCUGGCUGCCUCCUGCAAGAAUCCCCAGGCAAUUGAGAAAAUCUACAACAUUAAGGACCGACCAGCAGAGAAGCCUAUAUGUAUUUGCAUUUCCAGUGUAGAGCAGCUGGUGGCAGCCAAGCCUCCUUUUAGUCCUCUGCUGUGGGAGUUCAUGAGGAAUGUUUAUCCAGGAGGCAUCAGCUGCAUCGUCAGCAAAGGAGACUGGCUUUUUAAACUAGGAGUGGGAGCAGCUUAUGACCGUGUUGGUACCAGGGACAGCAUCAUGAUCCGUGUCCCUGACCAUACGGUGACCUGCCACUUAUGUGACAUGACUGGACCACUUGCCAUCACAUCAGCCAAUCCCAGUGGAGAACCAGACAGCACCCACCACAGCAUGGUCAUCAAUCGACUGGGACACAAGAUCCAAGGGGUUCUCUGUGAUGGAGACUCCAAUGAAGUUGUUGCCUCAACUGUAGUCAACUGUCUAAGAAUUGAUGAAGGUAUCAUCAGCAUUGUAAGAGAAGGCUGUGUCCCUGCGGUUAAAGUCCAGCAGAUCUUUGAUAGGCUGAAAAACACAAUGUUGUGAGAUUCAUAAAGAACCUCAUCAUGAUUUCCUGUAAAGAUCAACAUGUUUGUAAAACCAUAGUUGUCUCUACAAAUACUAAGUCAUGUGAUAUUCAUUCAUUCAAAUGUUGUAUCCACUCUAAGUUGAAGAAUUUUAGCUUAGAUAAAGUUAUGUGAUCCUAAAACUGUAAAAACUGGAUGUUUGUUUGAGAUUACAUAUUUGUAUGAGAAAAAAAAUGUAAAUGUGUAGAUAUUAAGCAAUGUAUUUGAAAUGUCCUCUUUGCACACAUUGUUACUGUUUAAAUUGAGAAAACAAAUGUUCUUAUUUUUUUAUCAUGCUUUCGUUUAAAUUUC